GCCAUUGCGCCGAAUAAACAACGAUCGGGAAGCUUCUUGUGUGUAUCGUUGACGUUUUUUCUCUUAUAAAUCGUGAAAUUAAAUAGUCAUAAUGUCGGAAAUGGAUUCAGUGAACACCAACAAUACUGUUAAUGAAGAAAAUAGUCAAAAUGAAAAAAUUUCUAAAGGUAGAAAAUCUAAAACCCCAAGGCUAUCCACUAUUGAAAGAACAAGAGAAGAAAGUGAAGCUAUAACAAAGGGAUUAGGACCAGAAGUUGAAGGUAGACGCAGAACAAGGUCAGCAGCUAAGGGUAUAACAGCUACACCACCACCACCAGCCAAAAAGGAGAAAAAGAAUACUACAACGAGCAAAAAAAGGGGAAAGCCCAAGCGAAAAGUAGUUUCAGAAGACAGUGAUUCCCUUGAUGAACAAACAAAAAUAGCGAAUGAAAGUGAAGAACAAGAAAGUAUUGAUGAAUCUAAGGAUAGUGCAGAUACAACUGAAACCAAUUCACAUGAUGACAAAGAAUCAGGCAACAAUAAUGCUGAUGCUUCUAAAGAGGAACCAGAAGCAGAAACAGAAAAAGGAACUCGUGCGCCAGCUGCCACUGAGAAUGGUGCGAAAGAGGACAGUGUUGAUGCUCCUGCUUCUGAAGAAGAGAAGAAAGAAGUGGAAGAGGAAAGUAAAAGUCCUACCGAUGAAUCUGAGUCUCCAAGUACUGAGCCGACAGAUGCUGAGAAACCUGCAGAAUAAGUAUUUUCCAAUUUUUAUUAUCAGCUCGUUUUUCUAUUCAUUAAAUCUACUGUAGGUUAAAAAGAGUUCUUUUUUAAAAAUAUCAUUUAAAAAAAAUGACGAUAAAAAAUAAUACAAAAUAUCAUGGAUAUAUUUGAUUUGUGAUUAAAAGUUGUAUUAAAAUUUUAAAAAACCUUUUUUGGGUUAGUUUGUAUGAGCUGCGCCAUGCAAGAUAAUUACUGUUAAUAAUAUAUUAUAUAGGUUAGGAGUCAUUCUUUUGUAAUUUUCUUUAUUUUGUUUUUACAAAAAUUAACUUUUCAUGAGCAUUUUCACCUUUACCUACAGACUAGUUUGAAAGAAUUGAGAGACAGCCGAAGUACAUAUAGCGGCAGUAUGUACCUGAAUCUCUUUACAAAAUGCUGUCAACUUUUCAUUUGCACCAAAAACUCAUUUAUAAACAUUUUUAAUUCCAGGUCUGUUCUGGUAAAAUAUAUAUUUCUUUUACCUUUUUAGACCUUUUAUAUGUUUCUUGAUAUCUUGAUUUUAUGUCUCUUUUGAUAGAAAAUUAGUUUUGACUUAUGCCAGUCAGCUUAAAAUUGGCCAAAUUGUAAUGUAACAAAAAAAUCUACAAUAUUCAUAAACUCAAUACUGUCAUUUUAAAAGUUAUUUGAAUCAUAUGAAUUGAAUAUUUUAUUAAGAAAGUAGAUACCACAAUUCUUGGCCUCUUCUAAUUAAUGUUUGUAAUUUGUAAUAUUUUUAUUUUUAUAUACAAUGUUUAUAUUCUUACAUACAUAGUUAUUCUAAAUGUGGGAAUAUAUAUUAAAAAUAGUAAAAUAUAACCCCACAUAAAUCACAUUUAAUACCAAGUUGCAAAGACUUUAUUUGAAGAAUCAAGAGUUUUACUUGCAAAUGAAAAGUUCCUGUUUUAUACCAUAUAAAAAAAUUUAGUAAUGUUUAGUAAACCAUAGAGUAAACAAUGUUACUUUACAAAUAAUUUAAAUUCAACUGUUAAUUUCAAUUGUAAAUUACUUAAAUAUUACCUAUUGCAUCAUAUAAAAAUUGGUGAGUGGUUAUAUUAACAGCGUUACAUAUUUUUCUUAUUUCUGAUUUCAAGAUUGCCACCUUAGAAUUCACCAUUGGUUUUUUUAUUUGCACUAUUUCAAAAUAAUUUGUUUUGUUUAAAAAUAUAUGAAAUUAGACUACUUUAUGAUGUGUAAAAAUACAAAUAAGUUUAGUUUGUACAUGACAUAUUGUAUAUAAAAACAGAUGGCCAAGGUGUUAUUAACCAUUAUUAAAUCAUUUCUUGGCAUAAAAUUAGAUCAUCACAAAGGAUUCAGACCAUGUAAUUUUUGAGUUCUAAUUCCUUCUUUAUUUGUAAACUUUUCUUUGAAAACGUUUAACUAUUAGUAGUCAACUGAGUUGAAUGAAUGAAUAGGUGAACAUAAAUCAUUUUCAAUACCAAAAUAAGCCAGUUCUUAUAACUAUUAGAAAAUGUAUGUCAAACUUAAAGGCAAUUUGGUCACAGAUUUGUUCUUUCGUAUUUUGGGACAGUUAGAAAAGAUAAUUCAAUGGUGUGUUUUGUACAGAGAAUAUUUAUUUUACUUGAUAGGAUUCUUUCUCUAAAGUUUUGAAACUAGACUGUUAUAUUAGAGAACACAUUUAUAAGUUAUUAGAGAUAGGCAGUAAUGCUAUCAAGUGAAUAAAUAUUUUUAUGGUGUCUUUAUAAUUCUGUUGAUAAAUUAUAUUUUUAUUUCGUUUUGUUAGAGAAAUAGUUUUCUAUACAAAUUAGGAAAUAAUGGAUAAAGAGAAAAUGCCAUAAUUAAAAUUGUGGACAAUAUCCAUUACAUGAUCCUAAAGGCCUUACAAACAAAAUCUAAAUGUUGAAUAACAUUUAACUGAAAUAAUGUGAGGUUUAGGAAGCGUACACGUUCAAAAGGUAUAGAUUUUGGGAACAACGUUUUUCCGAAUCGAUUUUUUUGGAUUAACAUACAAAAGUUAAUUAACCUUUUCCAGCGAUUUAACAAGCCUCAUUGGAUCUUGUUCUUAGACUACUCUUGCUUUGGUCAUUUUCUUAUACCAAGAAGUUGGCCAUAUUUCUGUAAAUAAUUUACAUUUUGAACCUGCUUCUAUUUUUUACAAUGGUGCCAUUGCAUAUCUUCAGCAUUUUUUGUAAGUCAACAUGUCUUCUUAUAUAAAGCAUUAAAUUAUAAUAUUUACUAUAUUAGUUUCUUGUACAAUACUCUCAAAGUACGAAGUUAUACUCAAUAUUCUGGUUCACCAUUUUGUUUUUGUUAUAUUGUGCCAUCAUAAAGUAUAAGUACUUCUGCAUAUAUCAUUUUUUUGUAUCAACUGUUGAUUUUUGGUAGUUUGUAUUUCCUCAAAAAUUAUGUUUUUGUGUGAAAAAAAUAGCUGUAAUACACACAUUCUUGACUACUAACUGCUUAAUGAUUUUCUUUACUGCGAACGAGGAGGAUCAUAUAUUUAAUUGCAAUUUUUAUCUCUCAUUUGUGUGUUGAAUCUUAUUAAGUUGAACGUAAGGGAUUCUUAACGAGGUACAAAACAAUUCAGUUAAUGUUUGACACAAUGACACGCACACGUUUUUAUGUUCAUUGGCACUACCCACACGGUUUAAAUAUAAAGAUUACUUUCAUUACUUUACAACUUUUUUUGUUUCAUUAUAAUAGUGAAUCUAUAAGAGAAUAUUUUUGAACGUGUACAUCUAAACUAACAUGAUUGCGAUCGUCUUAAAUCCCCUUAUUUGACAUUUCAUUAUUUCACUCUACCAUUAAUUCUCCAGUAAUUUAAAAAUUUUAUCACUUUUAAAUUUAAUAGCCUCAUUAAUUGAAAAAUUAAAAAAAAGGUAUUUUUUAUUUGAUUUUGCCAAAUUUAUUUGAUAAUAACAUCCAAAUUCGUAGUAAACCAUUAAUAAUUUUCAUCUACUAAUAAAACAGUCAAAAAUUUUUGGUAUAAACAUGAUACACAUACACUAAACUUGUCAGCUAAAUUUUGACACGCCUCGUGCAUGUCGUCACCCUGGAAACAGAAUGUUUUCUUGGCCAUUAAGAUAAGGUUGGAGUUAUACGUAUUUACUGGGUUUUGUGUAUUUAUGAUCUCUUUUUGUGUUUAGCGGCUAUUAUAGGUUUGACCUAUAUAUAAACAUUAUUAUUUUCUUUUAAAACAUUUUACUUUCUAUUAUGAGAUCAUAAUGACGUCGAUAAAUACAAAAACACUAAUCGAAAUACCAAAGAAAAAUAUAUUAAAUACUUUGGUUUCCAAAAAAAAAAGACUUGGCGAAACAGUGGAUAAGACCUGUUGGUCGAGAGAAUAAAAUUAAUUUAAAACAUGGUAAAUGAACGCCUUAAAUCAGAAAAUAACACAUUCCAUUUUUUCCAAUAAUUACUUUUAAGUCUCGUUGGAAAUAAUUUAGACACGAUAUCCAUUUAUGUGUUAUUUUGGCGCGAGUUUGUCCAUUCAUUUCUAAGGGUUCCAUAUAAUGCAAAGUGUCUAGGUUUAAUACAUACAUAUAUACAUAUUUGCAUGUAUAUAUAUGCAUGUAUAUAUGUAUAUCGUAUUUUGAAAAAGACUGAUAUAAGUCGAAACGUCAAUUUUGAUCUUUCUUUUAAAAAAAAUUUAAUACAGAAGAGACCUAAAUUCAAGAACAUUUAGAAGAAUAAAUAUAUAUUUUAAAUAGUCCCUUAAUUCACGGAACAGGCGGUUUACUUGAAACUGGUAAAUUGAAUAACCAUAUAAAUAAUACAUAUAUAGACAUGUCUUUGCAUCAAAUAUUACUUUUGGGAUCAAAAUAAAACUAUAACAUUUUGAUUCCAACGUGACGUCACGUUAUGUGAGAGAGAUGGCGCGUGCUCUGCUCUUAAGUAUACCAGUGUAUGUGUAUCAUGAGUAUAAAGACCUUAUAUUAUGUUUGUAUGAACUUUUGAAAUAAAUAAGUUUUCAAAUUGCGGGUUCAAUUUCUAAAGCAACUGAAUCCCUCCUUAUAUCCUCUUAAUAUUGGGCAAUUUACUUUUGAAAUAGCUGGUCUGUAUAGUAAUUAAACUAGACGAAUAGAAAGAGAAAAAAUUGUUUUACAGUAGUUAAUAUAUUUCUUUAACUUAACCUCAAUUAUAUUUACAUAUUCAUUCUUUUUCAGAUAAGAACUGAUGUAGAAUCAAUUCACAUACAAAAUUUUGUACGAGGUACAUCGUUGUUUAAUUAUGUUGAUUUUUUCCGUGCACUUGGCCGCUAAAGAUUUAAUUAAAAAAUGACUUUAUUUUGGGUCGUUCUUUGUUUGUAUUUUCAUAGGAAUAUGUAGUAUCAUGUUUCUAUUUUGAUCGUGAAAUUGUCCUGAUUUUAUAUUUAUGUAAACUAAACUGUAUGUUUAAUUAAUAUAAAUGUGAAAUAAAUUUUCAUUACUUGGA